UUUGCCAGCUGGAGGCAGAAUAAAUCAGCUCUCAGUUGGCAUCACCGCUUGAAAUAUUCACACAGCCUCACGCCCCAAGUGGAAUGGAAGAACAAGAUAAGAAAACAAAUGAGGAGUAUAUCGGAGAGAUAAAGGGUGGGCUGCGGCCUUCAAUGAAACUGGUGGUUAUGGGGAUUGUUAAUAAAAAACCCAAAAGCAUUGAGGUGACUGUAGCCAGCAAGCCGCAGGAGGAGGACACCGAGGGCGAUGUGGGUCUCCAGCUGAAGGUCAGCUUCCUGGACAAGGCCGUCCACCGCAACGCCCGCCUGGCCGGAAAGUGGGGCAAAUCUGAAAAUACCCUCUCCUUCUUUCCUUUUGCAGCUGGAGAGGCUUUUAAGAUGGAGAUCGUCUGUGAGCACCAGCAGUUUCGUAUCUUGGUGGACGGGCAGCCUCUGUGUGGCUUCACCCACCGCCUCUCCCCGCUCGCCUCCCUGACCGCUCUCCGAGUCUUUGGAGAUCUACAGCUCACCAAGGUGGCCUAACGUCACGCUCCCGCCUACAGACAGCAGAUACAGUGAAGAUGUUUGGGGACAGUUUAGGAUUAGAAUAGAGCAACUUCUUGUGUGAAUAAAUUGAUCCAUGGGGAUGUUUUGUUUCCAGUUCCAGACGAAAAUUACACCUGCCUGUAAUCAUGUGUUAAGACAAAGUGCCUUCACUAGAUUACCUGCUUGGGGACUUGAAGAUAUUGACUGAAUGUAACGGCCAUCUCGAUGUCUUAAAUCCACUGAAGAAUGUGAUUUGAAGUGAAUUGAAUGAAUUUCUAAGUAAAUGUAUUUAAGGCUAAAGUGUUGCCCCCCCCAUUGAACACAAGAUUUGUAUGACGAUGAAAAUUGAAAUGCUGCAUCAUUUUAGGUACAGUGAAGGGUGAACAGGGGUUAGCACAUUGUUCUGUAACAAGUAUAUGUGCAUUUAAAAAGAGAUUUCAGACAGCAUAUUUGAUUUCUCUGAAAUUAACAAUUCAAAGCACUUCGGUUUGAGAGGGCUUGCAUGAGGCUGAAUGUUUCUGAAAUCACAAAAAGAUUGUCAUUCUGUGAUCAGCUAAGUACUGUAACAGGUGUAACGUAAAAGAAAGUAGUCUACAUUAAUGCAUGCCAAUAACACAUAAUGUUUUACAUCUCACUCAGUCUGUUUCCAAAAUAAGGGUACGGACUAUGAAAAAAACAUUGUUGAAGCAUUGGGUUACGUCACACUUUUCUGUUGUUGUACCAUUUUUAACAAAAGCAGCUUUGAAAAAGCUAACUACCACUAGUUUUGCGUACUUUUUCCAUUAUAACGUAGCACUUUUUAUGUGAAUGUUUUCAUAUUGACUUUACUUCACUGCAAUAAAUCAUUUUUGCUGUGUGUUUUUUUCCA